CGAGAUUUCGUGGACAUAUAAACUCAUUCCUUCUUCCCUACUUUCUUGGUGACAACAAACGCGACUUAAAGAUAGUGAUCAUGCCUCCUCCAGCUCACGGAUAUGAAUUUGGCGGGCCUUUGGGGGCCUUUGCUAUUUCACUUGCUGCACCAGCAGCCACAUAUGCUCUUUACUUUGUCUGCAAUGAAGAUGGGUGCCCGAGUAGUUCAUUCUUACGAGAUCCGGUUGGGAAUAUUGCUUCGAAAUGGCCGGGACUGUCGGGAGCAUUCGACUGGGGCGUUACGAAGCACUACUUUCUCUGGUAUUUCGCCUUGGCAAUUAUGUACUUUGUCCUUCCGGGGAAGAUAGGGGAUGGUGUUGUGUUGAGCAAUGGGAGGAGGUUGAAGUACAAGUUUAGCGGCUCUGCUUCUCUCUUGACUGUUUUUGCGUACUGUGGAUUCAUGACCUACAAGGAGGGAUUCCAGUGGCCAUUCUGGGCAUACAUUUGGGAUAACCAGCUCCAGCUCAUGACUGCUGCCUUGAUAUCCUCUAUUAUUCUUGCAUUCUACUGCUACAUCUCUUCUUUCUUUACCGGGGAGCUUUUGGCGAACGACACUGGAAAUUUUAUUUACGAUUGGUUCCUCGGCCGCCCUCUCAACCCGCGUAUCGGCAGUUUUGACAUCAAAGUUUUCAGCGAACUCCGACCCGGCAUGAUCCUCUGGCCAAUCCUAAACUUUGCCUUCAUGGCCCACCAAUACAACACUCAUGGCAAAAUCACCGAUAGCAUGAUCCUCGUCAAUGCUUUCCACUUAUGGUACGUCUGUGACGCACUCCACAAUGAGCCAGCGGUCCUCACGACAAUGGACGUGACCACCGAUGGUUUCGGAUUCAUGCUUUCAUUCGGAGACUUGAUGUGGCUGCCAUUCAACUACUCUCUUCAAUCCCGAUACCUCGCCAUGCACCCUUUCGAACUCGGCCUUCUAGGUGUCGUCGGGGUUCUGGCUGUUCAGGGAUUGGGCUACUGGAUCUUCAGGAGAGCUAAUCGUGAAAAGCACGACUUUAGGACUGAUCCUAACGAUCCCAAGCUGGCUCAUAUCAAGUACAUCGAGACCAAGAGUGGAUCAAGGUUGAUGAUCACUGGCUGGUGGGGUAUCGCUAGACAUAUCAACUACUUGGGGGACUGGAUCAUGGCUUGGGCGUGGUGUCUGCCGACAGGAUAUAGAGGCCCUCUCAGCUACUUCUACGUCGUCUACUUUGCCAUUCUGCUCCUUCAUCGGGACCGCAGGGACGAGGCUAAGUGCAAGCUCAAGUACGGAGCGGACUGGAAGAGGUAUACGGACCUUGUCCCAUCAAGGAUUGUCCCGGGGAUCUAUUGA